AUGUCUGGCCUACAGUGGAAUUCGGUGGGCCUGUACACUUACGGCACGCUGCUGCUGCUCACCAGCGUCUCCGCCGUGGCCUCCAACGCCGCCUACCUGGUGCUCGUCGCCGCCUUCAAGCCGCUGCGCGCCCAGAGCUCCGCGUUCUCCGUCAACCUCGCCACGUGCGAUCUACUCAUGGGGCUACUCUGGGCACCGGUCGCGGCCGUCGGCAGCCUGCAGGCGGCGUCCGACUGGCAGCAGCCCUCCAUCAACGCGAGCGCCGCCGCCGCCGCAGCGACGUCGGAGUGGAACGGCACCCUGUGCCAAGCCCAGGCGUUCACCUUCCAGCUGCUGCAGGUGGCGUGCGUGCUCUCGCUGACGCUGAUCAGCGCGGCGCGCUUCGUCGAGAUCCGCUUCUCGCUGCAGUCGGCCGGGCGAGGGCUGUCGGGCGCUCGCGGCGCCCGCGUGGUGGCCGGCGUGUGGGCGUACGCGCUGCUCACGGCGUGCCUGCCCUUCGCCGGCGUGGGUAGCUACGGCCUGGUGGCGGGCGGCGCGCAGGGCUCGUGCGGGCCCGUGUUUGGCGUGGUGCGCCCGGCGCUGCAGUGCGCGCUGGUGUUGGGCGCCGGCGCUGUGCUGCCCAUUCUGGCGCUGUGCGGCAUGUACACCUACAUCGUGCACGCGGCACGCCGGCAGGCCAAGAAGGGCACCUUCAUCUGCAACGACGAGCACUGCUACUACGUGCCGGCCAACCGCUACAUCAAGUGCACCAUCCCACUUAUCACCGCCGUCGUGACGAUGCUGGUCUGCUGGAGUCCCUACGUCGCCGUGGGUUUCUACUCGGCGCUGGGAGGCCUCCCCGUGCCGCCCAUCGCACAGGCCAUGGCCACCUGGUUGCUCGUCUUCACGUCUGUGCUCAAUCCCUGGACCAACUCUCUCCGACAAAAGAAAUUCCAAAACGCCCUGCGCUCGGGAUGGGAGCGAGCAAGGCGGUUCCUGACGGGCGGCCCCGGACCGGGACCCGGACCGGGGGGCACAGGGGACAGGGACCGGGCCUCCUCCGGGAAAGACCCUCAGCUCAGGGUCCCCGGCGAUGGGGAAGAGGCAGUCAGCACUGCGACCUCGCACGACCUCUCCUCCUUACCCGCGUGACGACAUCCAACCCGGCGACUAUGAAUGCUUUCGUCUUAUAUGGUAGAUGUUCGAUGGAGGUGAUUGCUCCCUUCCACAGCAAUGCGGAAUUUCCAUAACUGGCUAAGGGCCGGUGAGGUACCGUGAUUGGCACUGCCCCUGGCACACAGAAUGAAAUAGGACCCCCUCCUGUCUGCCCUUCCCCCGUCUGCGUAGCCUGGCGGCUGGGCCACUCUUGACACGUGGGCACAGGUGCAGUUGCACCGCCUGUACACUCGAUAGCGAAGCCAAUGCCAAGAACGCUGACUUUUCACUUAUACGCACAGUUGCUUAAAUUUCUGGGUGCGAAAAAGCGUGGUAGUGAUGAUAUUGACACGAGUGGCCUCACUUCCUGUAAUGAGUUGCAUUUCCAAGGCUUUUAGCGGAGUGGAUAUUCGAAACUAUCUUUUUUAACCGUACAAAAUUUCGUAUCUUAAUGUAUUAGAAAAUCGGGAACACAUUCCUCAACAUUGUUAUACAUUUUUGGGUUAAAACAAAUGAAAUGUCUGCGUUAUUAUAAGUAAAUCUCACUUGUGUGUUUUAACGGUGUAUACGGAUCACAAACUUGGAUACUAAGGAAACAAGAAGAAUAUAUAUUCUGCUAUUUGUGGAAAAGACAUAGUAUAGGAAAUGAAGAUCAUUCAAACUUUGUCUUUCAAGGCACCGUCCUUAAAACUCAGGGUGCUGGAUACACAUUAUUAAAACUUUCAAUUCCAUGCAAUUAAUGUAAUUUCGGUUAAUCUAAGUCAUUUGAGUACAUUAUAAAUAACAUAAAGAAAGUUUAUGACGUUUGAAGUGUAUUUCGUUUAACCAGUUGACAACUCAAGAGAUACGGAUCGUGUCAUUUGCAAGAGUGACCCUGGGGCAUUUGUCUGCCAGCAGGGGGCGAUGAUUUCUAUCUAUCGUCCCAAAUGAGUCAUAUGCAGUGUCAUGUAUUUUUUUAUUUGACCCUAACGCCAGCGCACAAUGGCUUACUCCUGCAAAUGACGUCAGGAAAUCUUUACCGUUCAGUGUGUAGCAGACGGUGCGCGCUAUUUUAGAUUGAGAGCCGCUGCAAUAAUCGGAGCGAUCGCCGGGAUCGAACUGUGAACCUGCACAACAAACAGCGGAUGCACUACCGCUGGGAAACGUCACGGCCCAGAUGGAAUGAACGAGGAUAGAAAUAAAUUGAGGAACGCAGACUGCUAGGAUACGGUCACGUCGGGAUAUGAUGCAACCAAACGGGGAAUCCGGCAAAAGCAAUGGUGCCACGUGUGGAAUAGAACAGAGGCACAGGGCGACCAAGACAAAUAUUGACUGAUAGAGUGAGAGGGAAAGGAAUGACACGGAUACAUCAGCCGCAGGUGGAAUAUGAUGAUGAUUGUCAACAGUUGACUGCUGCUGCUACUGCUUCCAGUGCCAGUUUGUGGAUACAACCACCUCUUUAACUACCGCGUGAUAACGUAGAAUCAACAUUUGGAGUCACACUAAUGCUCGUGCUCUGAGUCACGGCUCAGCUGAGGCUUGGCUCUGGCUCGAGUGAGCCGGCUCACAGUCGUACUCAGCUUAAGCCGGCUCUGAGCACGGUCCCAGCCACUCUCAGGAUUUUCCACGAGCUGAUCCCGAGCCAAGCUGCUGCGGCUGUUGCUGCUUGCUCACGCGUCUUUGGAAGCUACUUAGUGGGUCAAGUCUGAGCUGGGCUCUAACUGAGACUAUGGCCCCUAAGUUUCCUCCACUCCAGAGGUGGAGAAGAUUACUUUGCCGUACGUACGCGUGCACGUUGAACUUCUUUUGCACCGUACGUAGCCAACCGUGAUAAUCCGAUGCGGGUUAUCACGAAAAGCAUAUGCACAGUGGUUUCACUGAGUGUUAAGGUUAUGUUUUAUGAGUGCCCUGCAUUGGAAUGUUUGACCAAUUCCAUAACAUCGAGUUUAGUUUAGUUAUUAUUGUAUUCAUGUUACUUAUUCGUGUAACAUGCUUAUCGUUUGAGCAGUAAAAUAACAGUAUAUUCCCCUUUGAGUUUACAUGUGCAUACAUCAUGUAAUCAUAUACAUACAUAAAUAUAUGAGCGUAUAUUACACUAUAUAUUGUUCGUGAUAUGACCGUAUGUACUGUUAUCGAGUGCCAAUUAAUGGUAACAUGGCAUCAUACAAGAGGGUGGGUCUGGCCACCGUUGUGACCCCAGUGCUGAUGUUUGUACACUCCACAACAAGGUACCUUUUCAGAUAUCACUUGGUCCUGUUAUCCAUGGGCAAGAAUUGAACCCUGGAAGAAACCAAUAAAGAGGCGAAUGAGAGUAGCUAGGAGUUUUUUGGGAAAACUUCACUUCACAAUUUAAAUCACCAACACCAUUGGUCCUGAACAAGAACGUUUUUAAAUUUGAAAAAUAUCUCCCCUCCCAUCACCUUUAACAGACUGUUGGGGCAAGGGCUGAUAGGGAGUGGCACCUAUGAAGGCCGGCACGGCACAUGAAGGGGUGGGUAACCAGUAACCACUCCCGGCCGCCUUUGUCUCCCCAGUACUGAUGUUGUUUACACACCGCCUAUCAGGUACUUACAAUUAUACACACACACAUGCAUAAAGCACAACGCAAUUCAUGCACUGGUUGUUCACACAUGGAGGAAUAUUAGCCCCACAAACUUUGAAUGAGACCAGACACACAAUUCAAUUGAUAAAAAAAAAAGCACUCACAACGAUCCUCAUUAGUCCCGUGUUACAACAGACAAAAAAGAUUGCGUGAGUAAUAGGCUAAGGUUUCAUGGCUAUGUCUCUUCAGAGACGAAGACAGAUAUUGACUGACUUUGGGGUUGGAGAUUGAAUGUUACGCAUGGGCCAUGACAAAAUUACGUGUUCAUUUAUUACUUGUUAAACAUAUUUCUCUCACAGCUAUCUGCUCCAAAUAAGGGCCGUUACCUGAAAUGUAAGCCUGUUAUGUAAGUUUUUGCUAA